AUGAUGUACAGACUGGCCAUCGGUGCUAUAUGUACAUUGUGCGUCUGCGCAGUGACCGCCAUCGAAGAUUUUAAUACAAGCAGUGAAGUUGUGUAUGUAACAAGAGUUAAUAAGAAUGGUGACGUCGAAUACAUAAGCGAAGACCUGAUGCGUCGGCUCGAUGACGAAGCUGAGAUCUGGCACUGGACACCUUGGAUCAGGACAAGAACACAGGUUGUCGAGAAAUAUGUGACAGAUGUCACUUGCUUCAGUGAAAACUCCAUUGACAGUUUUCCGCCUGGAAUCUUUGAUGAUGUACAACUACGUCAGGGAGGGUUCAUAUUAUACGUCUUUUUUGGCCUCUACGCGUUCACCUUGCUGGCUAUUGUGUGCAAUGACUAUUUUAUUCCGUGUGUGGAACUUAUUUGCGAAGAUCUGAAGAUACCACAGAAUGUAGCGGCUGCAACAUUUAUGGCAGUUGCGACGUCAUGCCCAGAAUUCUUCGUAAACGUGAUUUCAACAUUCCUUACGCAGUCUGAUAUGGGAAUCGGUACUAUUGUCGGGUCAGGUCUGUUCAACAUCCUUGGUGUUGCCGCUAUAGGAAGCCUGGCUGCUGGAUCGCCUAUCAAGAUCGAUCGUCGGCCGGUAACAAGAGAUGCAGUAAUUUACAUGAUCAAUGUAAGCGUACUAGUGGUUAUCGUAUGGGAUGGAGAGGUGAUAUGGUAUGAAGCUCUCGUCCUAGGCCUCCUGUAUAUCGUUUAUUUCUUCGUGAUGUUCAACAGUAUGAAGUUAUUUGUACUCUAUGAUAAAAUUGUCGGAUGCUGCUGCCGAAAGCCUGCAUAUGUCGUCAACGAAGUGGACAAGUCAACUGAAGAUGGUAUUGACAACAAAGCAUUUAGUACUGAAAAUAUUUCAAAUGGCAACACUGUUACGGACAAACAGAUAGAAGAAAAAGUUGAAGAAAACACAACAAAAUCAAUAUUCAGAUUUCCAAGUAAAAAAUCGCUCCUUUAUAAAAUAUGGUGGCUCUACAGUUGGCCUCUAAGACUAGUGUUAUCCUGCACAAUACCCUCACCAGUUACGUAUCGGAGGCUUUAUCCUAUCUCAUUUAUUAUGUGUAUUGUUUGGAUUGGUGGAAAUUCGUACUUCGUGUCCUGGAGUAUGACAGUCUUAGGGCACACAUUUUUAAUUCCGGAUUCGGUGAUGGGAAUGACGUUUUUGGCCUUCGGAGGAUGUUUGCCAGAGGCAUUAUCGAUCUAUAUCAUGUCGCGACGAGGUGAAGGCGGUAUAGGUGUUUCCAACGCUUUGGGAGCAAAUUCUCUGGCAAUACUCUUCGCUCUUGGAAUGCCAUGGAUGAUACAAACCCUCACAUUCCUCGUCCAGGGCUCGGAGAUCACUUCUGUAUACAUUAACUCGGCGGGCAUAGAUUUUGUGGUUGCCUCUCUGCUCCUGGCCGUAGCUGUCCUCUGGGCCGUCUUGUACAUUGGAAAAUUCCACCUUCGCCGAAGCGUGGGCAUUGUUCUUAUUUGCUUUUACAUUGCAUUUAUUACAUUUGCAAUUUUAUUAGAAAUGGAAAUUAUUUUGCCAUCUGCUUUGAUGUGUUGA